UAUGGCGUGUGAGGCGGCACACCUAGCAGCUCCCAGGUGAAGGGCCAGACCUAGAAGGAGCGUCUGAGGAGCGACCUUGGGGAAUGCCUUGGGAGGACAAGGGCGGACCCAGCGGUUAGCCUCCCCACCUCGCGCCCGGCGGACUGACCCGGCGAGGGGAGUGAGCACGCUUGCGCACUGGCCCGCAGCCGGCAGUAAAAAGCCCAGCGCGAGGUACCGCGCGCGCGCGCACACGCUCUCAAAAGGCAAAAAAAAAAAAAAAAAAAAAGUCCUCCCCGCGGGGCCCGCGGCAAUUUAGACUGGAGUUGGCCGGCGAACACACGCAGAUGUCCUUCGCCGCCGCUCCGCUCCAUUGGGAGUCUAGCGCUGUACGGUCCCCGCCUUUCCCCAGGCACGCGUCCUCGGCGUAAGUACCUCGCGCCUGGCGGAGAGGGAGGGAGAGGGUCCGCCGAAAGGAAGAAGGAGGCGGACGGGGCUGGAAGAAAGGGGACCCCCCCCCCCCCACCCCACCCUCUUCGCGGAGUAAGGAGCGUGGCAACCGGGUUGGAGCCUGCAGAAGACACGCCUCCACUCCUCACUGCACUAGGGGCUGCGGAAGUGCUCUGAAGGUUGGAGCGGCCGGGAGGCGACAGGUGGACUACCAUUCCCAGAAGGCGGCGCGGUGCUGCGCCUACGCUCCCGCGGCACCUGCGCACCAGGCGUUUUUCAGCUUGCUGCCGCCUAGGGCGAAACUACAGUUCCCAGGAGGCUCCGCUCGAAGCGGCUUGGAAGUGGGCAGCCUGGAAGUCACUCGGGCCACCGGAGCUGGCGGCGUCUCUAGCGAACGGUGCGGGGCCGGACGCCGGGGUCGUGGGGCCCGCGAGGCGGGCAGCCGGGAUGCCCAGAAGCACAAUUUUUGACAUCAGCUCUCCUGGGACCCUCAAGGAACACUAGAGUCCGGAACGUACUAAGGCAUGGCACCCCUGCAGCCUGCUGGCUCUCGCCCCCAUCUGCUGUUUGCUCUGCCCUGCUGAACCACUCAGACUGUAGCUCCGGGACAACACCUGCCUCCUGAGGUUGUCCUGGCUCGGUUUUCCACAGCGAUGGUGGAGAAUUGGACUCCACAGACUCAUAACCUUCCUGUCAGGCUUCAGGAGCCAGCAUCCUUCAUCCUGGGACUGGCAGCCCUGAACAAUGGCUGAGGGCCAGAGGACCCCAUAAAGUUACUCCACAGCUUAUAGGGGCCAAAGCAUUCCAGUGCCUGUGGACUAUGACCACUUAUCGGCCCAUUCCCAAUGAUGGCAUGGACCUGGCCGCCAGCUGUGGGGCUAGGGGAGGCAAUGUCCUCCCCGGGCCCCAAACGGGAGACUAUGCUCCCAUGGGAUUCUGGGUCCAGAAUGGCAGCAUGCCCCAGCCCGUUGGUGAGAGCCCAGCUACUGCCAUCACCCGCCCCAGUCCCACCACCCCCACAGUGCCCAAGAUGGGUGUGCGUGCAAGAGUGGCUGACUGGCCACCCAAGAGAGAGGCCCUGAGAGAGCAGAACAACCCAAGCCCCUCACAGGACACAGAUGGCACAAAGACCACAAAGGUGGCCCGUUCCAUGAGGAGCAUACAGAAUGGAGAGCCCGCCGCCAACACCCCAGCCUCCUCAGGGUCCCGGGCCUUCCACCGACUCUCCAGGAGACGGUCCAAAGAUGUGGAAUUCCAGGACGGGUGGCCCCGGUCCCCUGGCAGGGCCUUCCUCCCCCUGCGGCAUCGCAGCAGCAGUGAGCUCACCCUUAGCGAGUGUGACAUGGAGGACAUGGGGGAACCUAGGGGGGGCCGGCUCAUGGGAGCCUUGCCUCUCUUCCGCGAAUAUGGGAGCACCUCCUCUAUCGAUGUGCAGGGCAUGCCUGAGCAAAGCUUCUUUGACAUUCUCAAUGAGUUCCGGAAUGAGCAGCCGGAGGCCCAGGGCUCCCAGAACCUCACCGAGCUCCUCCAGGCCCAUUCAGGCCCACACCUCCCAGGGAGCGUCAGCGGAGCCAAGGGAGACCUCCGCCACGAGCAGCCCACCAGGGACAACCUUCUCCCGCUACAGCCCGGGAAGGAGAAGGAGAGGGCCCGCAAGAAGCCCGUGCGGGGCCUGGGCAGUGGGGACACAGUGGACUCAUCCAUCUUCCGGAAGCUGAGGACCAGUAAACCAGAGUGUGACGCUGGCCGGUCCCCGGGGGAAGCAGAGGAAGGGCGGAGCCCCCCAGAGGCCAGCAGGCCAUGGGUCUGCCAGAAGAGUUUCGCCCAUUUUGAUGUGCAGAGCAUGCUGUUCGACCUCCACGAGGCAGCCGCCAACAGGGUGUCCUCGGCCCAGAGGCGGAACACCACCACUGGGGCCUCAGCCGCCUCGGCCAUGGAAUCCCUCACAGUGUCGCGGGCCCAUGGCCUCGGGGGCCUGGACCCGGCCUUCACCAGCACGGAGGACUUGAACUACAAGGAGAACCUGGAGCAGGACCUGGGCGAUGACAACAGCAAUGACCUGCUGCUCAGCUGCCCGCACUUCCGCAAUGAGAUUGGUGGCGAGUGCGAGCGCAAUGUGAGCUUCUCCCGGGCCUCAACCGCCUCCUCGGGCAGGAGCGAGUGCCGCCUGGCCGAGCCCAGCCUCAGCACCUACCGCACCAACGCCAGCAUCUCUGUGCUGGAGGUGCCCAAGGAGCAACAGAGGACGCAGAGUCGCCCGCAGCAGUACAGCAUCGAGCACGUGGACCUGGGUGCCCGCUACUAUCAGGACUACUUCGUGGGCAAAGAGCAUGCCAAUUACUUUGGUGUGGAUGAGAAGCUAGGGCCAGUGGCCGUGAGCAUCAAGCGGGAGAAGCUGGAGGACCACAAGGACCAUGGGCCUCAGUACCAGUAUAGGAUCAUCUUCCGGACCCGAGAGCUUAUCACCCUGCGGGGCUCCAUCCUGGAGGAUGCCACACCCACAGCCACUAAGCAUGGGACUGGGCGGGGCCUACCCCUGAAGGAUGCCCUGGAGUAUGUCAUUCCUGAGCUUAACAUCCACUGCCUGCGGCUGGCUCUCAACACUCCCAAGGUGACGGAGCAGCUUCUGAAGCUGGAUGAGCAAGGGCUCUGCCGGAAACACAAAGUGGGGAUCCUCUACUGCAGGGCAGGCCAGAGCUCAGAGGAGGAGAUGUACAACAACGAGGAGGCCGGCCCCGCCUUUGAGGAGUUCCUCUCCCUGCUCGGUGAGAAGGUCUGCCUGAAGGGCUUCACCAAGUACGCUGCCCAACUGGACGUCAAGACUGACUCCACGGGAACCCACUCCCUCUACACGACGUACCAGGACUAUGAGAUCAUGUUCCAUGUCUCCACCCUGCUCCCUUAUACCCCCAACAACAGGCAGCAGCUUCUACGGAAGAGGCACAUAGGAAACGACAUUGUGACCAUCAUCUUCCAGGAGCCGGGGGCACUGCCUUUCACCCCCAAGAACAUCCGCUCACACUUUCAGCAUGUCUUCAUCAUUAUCCGAGCCCACAACCCCUGCACUGACAAUGUUGGCUACAGUAUGGCUGUGACCCGAUCCAAAGAUGCUCCUCCUUUUGGUCCCCCCAUCCCCAGUGGAACCACAUUCCGCAAAUCUGAUGUCUUCAGAGACUUCUUGUUGGCCAAGGUGAUUAAUGCAGAGAAUGCUGCACACAAGUCCGACAAGUUCCACACUAUGGCCACCAGGACCCGCCAAGAGUACCUCAAGGAUCUGGCUGAAAACUGUAUCUCCAACACACCCAUCGAUUCCACUGGCAAAUUCAACCUCAUCUCCCUGACCUCCAAGAAGAAGGAGAAGACCAAAGCUCGGGCAGGCGCUGAGCAGCACAGCUCAGGAGCCAUUGCCUGGAGGGUGGCGGCUCAGGACUAUGGCCAGGGGGUGGAAAUUGACUGCAUUUUGGGGAUUUCCAAUGAGUUUGUGGUACUACUGGACCUACGCACCAAGGAGGUGGUAUUCAACUGCUACUGUGGGGAUGUCAUUGGCUGGACCCCAGACUCCUCAACGCUAAAAAUCUUCUAUGGGCGAGGGGACCACAUCUUCCUGCGGACCACAGAGGGCUCUAUGGAGGACGUAAGGGACAUUGUCCAGAGACUGAAGGUGAUGACCAACGGCUGGGAGACGGUGGACAUGACUCUGCGGCGGAAUGGGCUCGGGCAGCUGGGCUUCCACGUGAAGUACGACGGGACUGUGGCUGAGGUAGAAGACUAUGGGUUUGCCUGGCAGGCCGGCCUCCGGCAAGGCAGCCGCCUGGUGGAGAUCUGCAAGGUGGCUGUGGUCACCCUGACCCAUGACCAGAUGAUCGACCUGCUGCGCACCUCUGUCACCGUCAAGGUGGUCAUCAUCCCGCCCUUCGACGACGGCACCCCCCGGAGGGGGUGGCCAGAGACCUACGACAUGAAUACCUCGGAGCCCAAGCCUGAGCAGGACAGCCUGCCCUCCGGGGGCCGGCCCCCCUACCGCAGCAAUGUUCCCUGGCAGUGGAGUGGGCCCGCCUCCCACAACUCUCUACCAGCCUCCAAGUGGGCCGCUCCUGCUACCCCCGGCCACGCUCAGUCCCUGAGCCGGCCCCCGAAGCAGACCCCCAUGGUCCCCUUUCGGGAGUCCCAGCCUCUGCACAGCAAGAGGCCUGUUAGCUUCCCAGAAACCCCUUACACAGCAUCACCAGCAGGGGUCGACAAAGCCCCUCCCUACCGACAGCCUUCUGGGAGCUUCUCCACCCCAGGCUCGGCCACCUACGCAAGAUACAAGCCAUCCCCAGAAAGGUAUGCGGCCGCCCCACACCCACUGCUGUCGUUUGAUCCCCACUUUGGCCACGACGGAACAUCCAGCGGGGACUCCUCCUCAGGUGGACUGACCAGCCAGGAGAGCACGAUGGAGCGCCAGAAGCCAGAACCUUUGUGGCAUGUGCCCGCCCAGGCCCGGCUCUCAGCUCUGGCUGGAACCAGUGGGAGCAAGCACACCUCCAGGCAGGAUGCAGCAGGCAAAGAUUCCCCCAACAGGCAUUCCAAAGGAGAUCCUCAGUACUCCAGUCAUUCCAGCAGCAAUACCCUGUCCAGCAACGCAUCCAGCAGCCACAGCGAUGACCGCUGGUUCGACCCCCUGGACUCUCUGGAGCCAGAGCAAGACCCCCUCUCCAAGGGCGGCUCCAGUGACAGCGGCAUUGACACUACCCUCUACACCUCCAGCCCCAGCUGCAUGUCACUGGCCAAGGCACCUCGGCCUGCCAAGCCACACAAGUCACCAGGAAGUAUUGGCCUUUGUGGGGGUGGGCGCGAGGCCACCGGGCAUUCCCACCAUGCAGACAGGCGAAGGGAGGUCUCGCCUGCCCCUGUGGUUGCUGCCCAGAGCCAGGCCUACCGACCGAAGCUGUACAACUCAGGCUCCAGCACCCCUACAGGCCUGACCGGGGGCAGUCGCAACCCAUCAAGGCAGACCAGUGACAUGAACUCAAGGGCUGGCUACCCUGCUCAAGUUUACAAAACUUCCAGUGCAGAGACUCCUCAGCCUUCACAGCUGGCCCAGUCCAGCUCCUUCCAGCUCUCUGCCUCCGUCCCCAAGUCCUUCUUCUCCAAGCAGCCUGUGGGCAAUAAACACCCAACAGGGUGGAAGAGAACAGACGAGCCCCUGCCACGGCCACUCCCCUUCACUGACCCAAAGAAGCAGGUGGACACCAAUACGAAAAACGUCUUUGGGCAGCCACGGUUGAGAGCGUCCCUCCGCGACCUGCGCUCCCCACGGAAGAACUAUAAGUCCACCAUCGAGGAUGACCUGAAGAAGCUCAUCAUCAUGGACAACCUGGCACCAGACCAGGAGAGAGAUGCAGGACAGUCGCCACAGAAGAGUCUUCAGCGGACGCUGUCGGACGAGAGUCUAUGCAGUGGGCGGCGUGAGCCCAGCUUUGCCAACUCCGCCAGCCUGGAGGCAGGCCUGCCCAGCGACGUGCUCUUCACCAGCACCUGCGCCUUCCCCUCCAGCACGCUGCCCGCCCGCCGCCAGCACCAGCACUCUCAUCCGCCAGGCGGCGGCAGCCCCAGCACCAUCCCUGCCCCUGGCAACGGCUUCCCAGAGAAGACAUCCACCAUCUCGGCCUCUGAGCUCUCACUGGCUGAUGGGCGGGACCGGCCACUUCGACGCCUAGACCCUGGGAUGAUGCCACUGCCUGACACAGCCGCGGGCCUUGAGUGGUCCAGCCUGGUAAACGCAGCCAAGGCAUACGAAGUGCAAAGAGCCGUGUCACUCUUCUCUCUCAAUGACCCAGCUCUGAGCCCGGACAUGCCACCUGCACACAGUCCUGUCCACAGCCACCUGAGCCUGGAGAGGGGGCCCCCAACCCCCAGGACGACCCCUACCAUGAGCGAGGAGCCACCCCUGGAUCUGACAGGCAAGGUGUACCAGCUGGAAGUAAUGCUGAAACAGCUGCACACGGACCUCCAGAAGGAGAAGCAGGACAAGGCGGUGCUGCAGUCAGAGGUGGCCAGCCUGCGUCAGAACAACCAGCGGUUGCAGGAGGAGUCACAGGCCGCCAGUGAGCAGCUGCGCAAGUUCGCCGAGAUCUUCUGCAGGGACAAGAAGGAACUCUGAGAGUUGUGCCAGAACAAGCCUGUAUGGCCACAAUCUGUGGAUUCCCCCAACCUCAAGCUGAGGGUUGAGGCCAGUUCCCUGUGGCUGGUGCUCAGCAGGAAGACUCCGAGGGACAACGUCAGGGUGGGCAGGCCCAGGUCUUUCCUUUCCAGGAAGCACCAGACCAGGGGAGCGGCGCGGGCCCGGCUCGGAGCUUCAGCUCCAGGCUGGGAGCCAGCACCAGGCGGCCCGGUCCCUGUCCAGAGACCUCACCGCCUUCUCUUUGGGACCAGAAACCUCAGGGAAGGGGGUGCUGGGACACAGGCAUUCGGGAAGCCGGAGAAAAAGACACUGACCACGUCCCCCUGCAGUCAGCCCCUGGCCCCUGGCAGCACUGCUGCCCGGGACAAAGCCUGCACAUCCGCCACCUCCUCGUCCUCACCUGGGCUGUGGUGUGAGAGAACCUGCCGGGUCCCCAGCCCUGGCCAACUACUGUGAUGUCUCCACUCCUCCUCCCAGACCCCCUUUCUGGACGGGUUCUCCAAGACCUCCCCGCCCCCUUUCUCCAGUCCCUAGCCUGGAGCCCGCGCCUCCCCCACCCCUUGCUUUUAAGUUGUCACCUCAUCUUCAGAUCAUUCUAAUCAUUUUGGGGACCUAAUCGGACCUAAUCGUGUACAUUGACAAGUGUAAACUAUGAUUUUUGGUUUUCUGUUAUUUUUUAAGGAUCUCUGCAAAACAAAUCUAUUUAAUUUGAAGCUGGUGUUCUAUCUCAUGGGUAAGAUAGAAGCAUGAUUUGGUUUGGGGUUUUUUUUGUAUGAUUUGUUUCAUUUGGAUUUUUUAUUCUUGUCUUUUUUUCUAUCCCUGUCUUGAGAUUUUCUGGCAUGUUUCUGGAGGUUUCAAAGGAAAUAAAUGUUUCAUAGA